CGCUGCCCCGGCUCCUCCCUCCUCCGGAGCUUCUCCUUGGGGCGGCCGCGCGGGAGAGAGGCCGAGAUGGCUGAUGAGAUCGCCAAGGCUCAGGCCGCCCGGCCUGGUGGCGACACGAUCUUCGGAAAGAUCAUUCGCAAGGAAAUCCCAGCCAAAAUCAUUUUUGAGGAUGACCAGUGUCUUGCUUUCCAUGACAUUUCUCCUCAAGCACCAACACAUUUUCUGGUGAUACCCAAGAAACAUAUAUCCCAGAUUUCUGUAGCAGAAGAUGAUGAUGAAAGUCUUCUUGGACAUUUAAUGAUUGUUGGCAAGAAAUGUGCUGCUGAUCUGGGCCUGAAGAAGGGUUAUCGAAUGGUGGUGAAUGAAGGUUCAGAUGGGGGACAGUCUGUCUAUCACGUUCAUCUCCAUGUUCUUGGAGGUCGGCAGAUGAAUUGGCCUCCUGGCUAAACAUGUUUUAGGGAUAAUUUUCCCUUCUCUAGGCAAUGAUCAAUAUUUGCAAGUUCCAAUAUGUUAAAUAGUAUACGUAUUUUUGCCUGUGUAUGGAGAGAUUGAGGGAAUAAAGGCCCAUAAAUAAAAGAUAAUGUUGCAUGGUUUACAA